AUGUAUGAUGGCAUUAAGCAGGCCUUAGGUCCAACACAGAAGAAAUCUGCCUCUCUGAAGUCUGCCACAGGCGAGGUUAUCCGGGACCGAGCACAGAAGAUGGCACGCUGGGUGCAGCACUACUCUGAGUUAUAUUCCAGAGAAAAUGAGGUAACUGAAGAAGCAUUAAAUAAUAUUGAGUGCCUGCCUGUCUUGGAGGAGCUCGACAGUGAACCAACUUUAGAAGAAUUAAAUGCAGCCCUGGACUCCCUUGCCUCUGGCAAGGCACCCGGGAAAGAUAACAUCCCUGCCGAAAUUCUGAAGUGCUGCAAAGAGAGCCUCCCCAUUGAAUUGCACGAAAUCUUCUGCCUUUGUUGCAGGGAAGGUGGAGUACCACAGGACAUGAAGGAUGCAAAUAUCGUCACACUGUAUAAGAACAAAGGCGACAGGGGUGAUUGUAACAACUACCGCGGCAUCUCUCUUCUUAGUGUUGGCUUCCUAGCCAACCACUUUACCUCCUUCGUGCUGGGCGGGCCUGUAGCUCUGGGCGGCAGCCUAAUGGACCUGUGUGAGUGUCUGGUGGUCAUGGUCUCCAAAGAUAGAUUGAAGGCCGCGACACUCCUCUGCGUGUGCGGCCCCGACACCUUCGACAUUGCAGAGAACCUGGUCACCCCAGCGCCGCUCAAGUCGGUCACCUAUGCAGACUUGAAAAAAAAGCUCCGAGACCACAUCGAGCCCAAGUUAUCCGUUAUAGACGCCUUGAAGGAGGUCAUGGCAGACGAAGCCGCCGGAGGGGCCGUUAAAGCACUGCGGCCCUCCAAAAGCGCACCAAGCACCGAAGCCGUCCACCACGAGGACGCCAAGCAGAUGGAAGACACCGACUCAGACUACGAAGUCGACCAGCUACGAAAGCACCCGGAGAAGGGACCGCAGCCAGCUGGGAAGGCAGUUCCAUUCCUUAGAUGCAUGGGCUGCGGAGGCCGCCAUCAACGUGCAGAUUGCCAAUUCCGAACUGCAACGUGCCGGGCCUGUGGCAAACCAGGCCACAUUGCCGCCAUGUGCCGAGGUCAUCAGAGGGAUCGCCCAAAAGAAGACGCAUUCAGGAGAGGUACCGGGGCCCCAGGUCAACACCGAGUAGGGUUCUGCUCCAGCCGAAGGAGCGUAUUCUGCACUGGUGCCCAUCGCCCCCUAAAGCAGAAGCUUAGACUACAGGUCAAGCUUCAGGGAGUUCCAUGCAGGAUGGAACUGGACACGGGCUCAGCCAUGUCCAUCAUUUCACAAGGAACAUUCAGGCACCUAUGCCAUCGGAGCAACAGAUGGGCCAAGCUCCAGCUGUCUAAUCUACUACUCACAGACUUCCAAAACUCCAGAGUGGCGGUCAAAGGCGAAGCCACACUUCUGGUGGAAUUCAAGGGGUUCAAGGGGCCACUAGAUGUCAUAGUGGUGGAAGGCCAAUGCACGAGCCUCAUAGGGCUCAAUUGGUUUGAUGCAUUGGGCAUUCAAGUAACCGGUAUUCACCAAACACAAGCGGUAGAUCUGUCUGCAGUCUGCCAAGAGUUCGUGGAUGUUUUCAGUUCUAGUCUAGGGGAGUACAAGGGUCCUCCGAUUGCCCUCAAGCUUGAUCCUAUGGUAACUCCAAUAUGGAUCAAGCCUCGUAGAGUGCCUUUCGCGUUAAAACCCAAAAUUGAUGCAGAGCUGGAUAAGCUAGUGGAACAAGGGGUAUUGCAGCCCGUAGACAGUGGGGUGUGGGAGACCCCCAUAGUAACGCCAUUAAAGGCCAACGGGGAAGUGCGAAUAUGCGCUGACUAUAAGUGCACCCUCAACAGGGCACUUCAAUAGCACGCGUACCCUGUGCUAGUUGUCAGCCAUAUUUUGGUGUCAUUGCAAGGAGGCCGCGUGUUCGCCAAAUUAGAUUUGGCACAGGCCUAUCAACAACUGCCCGUGGAUGAGGCCAUGUCAGUAGCCCAGACCAUUGUCACCCAUAGGGGGGCUUUUAAGGUUAAGCGCCUACAGUUCGGGGUGAGUGUAGCCCCAGGGCUGUUCCAGGGAGUGAUGGAGCGCACGCUCAAGGGAAUUCCAGGGGUUUGCCCCUACUUUGAUGAUGUCCUCAUUGCUGGGGAAUCGGUUGAGAUUCUGGCUGAACGGCUUAAGGCUGUCCUUCAGCGGUUCCGCAACACGGGACUUAAACUAAAAAAAGAAAAGUGCAAGAUUGAGGUAGAGUCAACCGAGUUCCUUGGUUUCCGCAUCGAUGCCAAAGGCAUUCAUCCAGCGGAAUCCAAAUUAAAAGCAAUCCAGCAGGCCCCAAGGCCGAAGUCAAAGGGUUAGCUUCAGGCUUUCCUAGGCCUUUUGAAUUUUUACCAUGCCUUCCUCCCAAACAAGGCCGCAGUGGCAGAUAGCUUCCAAGCAAUCAAAUCACUGCUGUCGUCGAACUCAGUUCUCACUCAUUUCAAUGAGCAGCUGCCUGUCUGCAUUGCGUGUGAUGCAUCCCCGUAUGGGGUUGGGGCUGUGUUAAGCCACUUAAUGGCUGAUGGGAGGCAGAAGCCCAUCGCGUAUUACUCCAGGACCCUAUUGUCCGCAGAGCGCAACUACGCACAAAUUGACAAGGAGGCUCUGGCCAUUGUGGCCGGAGUUAAAAGGUUCCAUGACUACUUGUAUGGCCGCCAGUUCACGGUCUUCACGGACCACAAGCCACUCCUAGGGUUGUUCACCACAAACAAACAGACACCUCAGAUUCUGUCUCCUCGAAUGCUGAGGUGGUCUAUCUUCCUGUCAGCCUACAGCUACAGGAUGAUUUACAAACCAGGCAAGGAAAUGGGCCAUGCAGACGGCUUGAGAUGGCUGGACAAAUGUCCAGGGCCAGAAUUUCAGAGUUUCUUCAUGAGAAAAGAUGAGCUUUCAGCUCAUAAGGGGUGCAUCCUUUGGGGAAGUAGGGUCAUAGUCCUGAGCUCUUUAAGGCCCAGGGUCCUAGAGUCUCUGCACGAGGAUCAUCUGGGAAUAGUCCGGAUGAAGGCACUUGCGAGGAGCUACCUUUGGUGGCCAGGGCUAGAUAAAGCCAUCAAGGCCCAAGUACAUGGUUGCUACACGUGCCAGCAAUCCAGACCGGAGAUGCCGCAAGCCCCUGUCCACCGAUGGGAGGACACACACACACCGUGGUCAAGAAUCCACAUCGAUUUUGCCGGGCCCUUUCAGGGACAGCUGUUUCUAAUAGUGGUAAAUAGCUAUUCUAAAUGGUUAGAGGUCGCACCAGUCCCUACUAUGACUACUGCCAGGACCAUCCAGGAACUGUGCAGAAUCUUUGCAACACACGGACUUCCAGACAUGUUAGUCUCUGACAAUGGGGCUCAGUUUACCGCUUCUGAAUUCCAGUCUUUCCUCAGGGCAAAUCUAAUACGGCACGCCACAUCGGCUCCCUUUCACCCGGCCUCGAACGGCCAAGCGGAAUGCAUGGUCUGCACAACCGAGGAAUCACUAAAACGGAUUGUCACAGGGGAUUGGCACCACAGACUGGCAGAUUUUCUACUCUGCCAACGCACAACUCCCUGUACCGCCACGGGCAGAAGCCCUGCCGAACUCAGAUGGGGCCGUUUGAUCACCAAGCUGGACAGGCUGCACCCCGACCGGGUUGCCUCGGACUCUGCUCAGCCAAAGGCACCUCAGAAUGUGCAAGUGGUCCUGGAAGAUGGGCAAGUCAUUCGCCGGCACAUUGACCAGUUGCGUCGGAGGCUAGCGAACCAGUUGCUGGCUCAGGCCUCUCAAGAGGGCCGCACGCAUGGGCCGUGCAACAGCGGCCCAAUAGAGGAGCUUGCAUGCUCCAACAGAACUCUUACUCAAGGAGACGGGGAAAAGGUCGUAGGAGAGCUUCCCCCAGACAGACAGACAUACAGUAUCCGCUGA